CAAAAGAGAGACAAAUCGACGUGUUCAUCGAGCGAAAUUGAGCCAUGAGCAGCGCCAGCACAGAACGGAGGCUAGAAUUGCCAGAAUGGAUGCUAGAACUACACAAGACCAAUCUUAAUAAGACCACCAACGCCAGCCAGAGUACGGUUAAGGAGCCAGAACGGAGGCUAGAAUUGCCAGAACUACACAAGACCAAUCUUAAGAAGACCACCAACGCCAGCCAGAGUACGGUUAAGGAACAAAGGUUGGGGAUAUCACAAUCAGAUCAAAGCAUCAAAUUGAAGAAGUCAGCUCGAAGGCGGGUGAGAAUCAUCUACUGCGAUAGCAGCGAAUUUCGGAAAAUCGUCCAGGAUCUCACUGGAUUCCGUCCGGCCGGAGGAGGAGGAGGAGAAGAAAGGGAAAAAGGUCUCGGCGAUGGCGAUGACAAUAAAGGCCACCCUUGUGGAGAAGGUGUCUCACCGCUUACUUUCCUUUCAGAUCAAUCACUGCUAUUGGCGAGAGAGGCAUCCUUGUCAAGGUUUCUCGAGAAGCGAUGCGAGAGACCAUUCCCAGAGCGGAGGAAACUUUUUCAAUGCAGGAAGUCGGAUGAAAAUAAAAUGCAGCCACUUCUUAAGGUCACGGAAAAAUCAAUCUUGGAUCAACCGGUCACUAUUUCCGUUGGAUCAUCCAUUAGUUUGGGUUCGGGCCUCUGUUCUCAUGCUGCUGAAGAUCAGAAAGAACUCAAGCCAUUCUUUGGGAUUGAUUUGCAUCAUGCAAGGGCAAGCUAUGUCAUGAACGAAGGAUCACUGUUGAGCGAUCAGAAAGAAGAAGAAAAUGCUAUGGUGUCAAGUGAAGCGGAAAAAGUAGAAGCUAUGCAGAAGCAAAGAGCAGAAAGUGACUCUGUGCCAAUGCAAAACGCUCAAGAUACAGAGACUGAACAAUUUCCCUGGCUAGUGAAAAAGGACGCCAAUCCUCAUGCUGCUUUGGAAAAAGUUCAUUUGUAUUCAUCACACUCGGAAUCGGAAGUCGGUUCACAUUGCCCAGAAUCAGAGUCCGAAGACACGGAUAAGAGGAUGAAGAUCGGAGCAAGUCCAGAAUAUAAUAAGAGAGAAACAUCGGAAACUGCAGUUUUGCAAAUUCGGAACACUGUAGAGCCAGAGGUUGAACCCUUUUCCUUGGAAGUGAAUGAAGACACUGCUUCUGACAAAGUUCAUUCGUUUUCCUCGGAACAAGAAUCUGAAGUUGAUUCAUAUUGCUCAGGACCGGAAUAUGAAGUUGGGGAUAAAAAGGCAAGGAUAGAAUAUUACGAUAUUAUGCACAUACCAAAGAUGAAAAAGGAAAGUUCUCCACACGCUACUUUGGAUAAUGCCAAUGCCUCAAUUGAUAUGUUAGGCGGCUGUGGAAAACAAGAAGGGAGACCAUUAGAAGGAUGGGGUGCCAUUAACUAUGACUCUAUAGUCAACCUUCUCAUCAAGUCCAUAAAAAAAUCUGACAAUGAAAAAAUUGAAAAAAUUGGAAUAUACGGUAGAAACGAGGUUGGAAAAGCUAUUGUCAUUGAAGCUUUGAAGGAAUCUGCAAUUUUGAGGAAUCUAUUUGAUAAAGUCAUCUGUGUUACUGUUCCUCUGAACUGUGACAUGGAAAAGGUGCAAAAGGAGAUUGAUGGACAAAUAUCUUCUAAUUUAACUGAUGCCAAUGCAGCAGUGGUGAAAGCAUCGGAAGGCCUCAAGUUUUUGCUCAUUCUUGUUGGCAUUAACCAACACACGAAGCUAGAGACAUUGACAAUUCCUAAUUCAACGACACCAGUGGGUAGCAAGAUAGUUUUUGUGGUUAGAUCAGGACGAUUAUGCAAUGAAAUUGAAGUAGAUAAGAAAAUAUGUUUGGACGAUCUGUUGCUGUGCGAAUUAUUUCGUCAGAAUGUGGGUGAAAUUGUUUAUUAUCCUAAAAAAGCCCUAGCUAAGGAAAUGGUUAGGAUGUGCAGGCCACAUUCGCAUGCUGUUAUUCUAGUGGCAAGGGCACUGCAAAAUGUUGAUGACAUUUCAAUCUGGGAACGUGCGCUUGAAAGACUGAAUGUUCCACCUACAAGUAAUGAAGCCGGUGUAGAAGCUCUUAUGGUUAAUGUAUUAAGAUUCAGCAUUGACCAACUAGAAGAUGAUAAAACUAGAAGAUGCUUGAAAAAUCUUGCUCUUUGUAACAAUUACCAUGAGAUUGCAUCCGAGUCUGCUAUAGGCCUAUGGGUCAGGGAUGGUAUUGUAGACACCCAUGAUGAAGGCCAAAAAGUCCUAAAAAAUCUUGUCAAUGCUAACUUGCUUGAAGUUGAUGAGAAUGAGCAAUUUGUGAAGUUUCAAGACCAGGAUCAGGAUAUAUUAGUGAAUUUAAUAUUUCAGCCUGAGGAAAAUCGUGUGUUUUACGUGCGGGGUGGCUUAGACUUGAGAGCCACCAGAGGUUGA